AUGAAAAAAAGGUGGUCCAGAAUAAACGUAGGUGCUCAGAAAUUUGGAUUGUGUUAUGAUGAGGCUCAACGAAUAGUCGGGAGCGGUUCAAACUUGGACGACAUAAUCGAGCAAGCUCAUAUGCUCCAUUUAGCUAAGUACAAAAAGAAGUCUAACUUUGACAAUCACUGGCGUGAGCUUCGUAGACAACCCAAGUGGAGAACUCUUGGAAAUACUGCAAGUUCUAAAAGAACUAAAUUAAGUGAUUCUGGACAUUACUCAUCAUCGGGAAAUAACGAUACACCAACAAAUGAGAAUGUUUCUGAAUCUCCUGUUCGUCCCAAAGGUACAAAAGCAGCUAAAAGGAAAGGAAAAUGGAAGGAAAAAAUGGCAGAAGCAUCUGAAGAGUAUGCAGAAUUGCGGGUCAGUACAUGUAGAAAACUGGACUUGAUGCAAGCAUUAAAUGAAACUCGUCAAAAUGAUCUUGAGGCAAAACAAACAGAGCUAGAUUUACAAGUCAUUUUGGCAGAUACUAGUAAAAUGACUGAUGCUCAGCGGAAGGCUCACUCAAAAAUGCUUGAGAAAAUUUUGAGCUCAACAUCCAAACCUCGUCGAAAUAUAUACAGAGAUCGUGAAGCAGGUCAUCAACGUCUAGAGAAAUAUUAUUUUUCACCAAAUCCUGUUUAUCCUGAACAAAUAUUUCGACGAAGAUUCCGUAUGGGAAGACAUGUCGUUCUUCGUAUCAUGAGUGCUAUUUCAAAUUUUGAUCCAUACUUCCAACAAAGAAUUGAUGCUGUGGGAAGAAAAGGUCUAUCACCAUUACAAAAAUGUACUGCAGCAAUGCGUAUGUUGGCAUAUGGAAUAUCUGCCGAUGUUGUUGAUGAUUAUGUUCGUAUUGGAGAGAUUACUGCGAUCGAAUUCUUGAAAAAAUUCGUUUCCGGUGUAAUUAUGAUAUUUGAAGGUGAAUACCUACAAACACCGAACUCUAAUGAUGUACAACGUCUACUACAGAUGGGUGAGGUGCGUGGCUUUCCUGGUAUGAUAGGUAGUAUUGAUUGCAUGCACUGUCAAUGGAAAAAUUGUCCUAAAGCAUGGAAGGACAUGUUCAUGAAUGAUCACAAAGGAGUUGCAACAAUUAUGCUGGAAGAAGUUGCUUCAUCUGAUCGAUGGAUAUGGCAUACAUUUUUCGGAGUUGUUAGAUCAAAUAAUGACAUAAAUGUUUUAGAUCGAUCACCAGACUUUGAUGAGGUGCUACAAGUCCGUGCUCUUGAGGUAAACUACACAAUCAAUGGAAAUAGUUAUAAUACGGGAUAUUAUUUGACGGAUGGAAUAUAUCCCGAAUGGAAAACGUUCUUUAAAACGAUACCACGUCCACAAAAUGAAAAGAGAAAAUUAUUUUCUAAAUAUCAAGAAAGUCAGAGAAAAGACGUCGAACGAGCAUUUGGUGUGUUACAGGCCCGUUUCGCAAUUGUACGUGGUCCAGCACGAUUUUGGGACAAAGCAAAUCUCGGAAGAAUUAUGAGAGCAUGCAUCAUAAUACAUAAUAUGAUUGUUGAAUACGAGAGGGACACAUACGCUACUCAAUUUGGUCCCUUACCAAUUUAUGAUGAUGCAACAAAUAGCUUAUUGCAAUCAAACUUAGGUGAAGAAUCAUUUGUCCCGUAUGAAACGUAUAUUCAAAACAGUAUAUAG